ACCUGUGGUCGCACGUGUGUCUAGGCCUAGAGACUGGCCCGUGAGCCGGCCUGCGGCGUCCCCCGGGAUUUCGAGGGUGUGGUGGCCGCCGCUGUGUUUGGGUGUGAGUGCCGAGCGGCUGCAGUAUGCCUCACAGGAAGAAAAAGCCCUUUAUAGAGAAGAAGAAAGCUGUCUCUUUUCACUUGGUCCACCGGAGCCAACGAGAUCCUUUAGCAGCAGAUGAGACUGCACCCCAGAGGGUUUUGUUACCCACGCAGAAGAUAAAUGAUGAAGAAAGGCGAGCAGAACAGAGGAAGUAUGGUGUAUUCUUUGAUGAUGACUAUGACUACCUACAGCACCUGAAGGAACCAUCUGGGCCCUCAGAGCUUAUUCCUGCUAGUACCUUCCACAGCAGCAAAGAUGAGAAAGAAGAAACUUCAGUAAUUCCAAGUACUGGAAUUAAGUUGCCUUCAUCUGUAUUUGCAUCAGAUUUUGAGGAAGAUGUUGGGUUGUUAAAUAAAGCAGCUCCAGUUUCAGGACCUCGACUGGAUUUUGAUCCAGACAUUGUUGCAGCUCUUGAUGAUGAUUUUGAUUUUGAUAAUCCAGAUAACCUACUUGAAGAUGACUUUAUUCUUCAGGCUAAUAAGCCAACAGGAGAAGAGAGAAUGGAUAUACAGAAAUGUGAAAGUGAAGAUGGUAGCGAGUGGGAAGAUGUGGACGAUGAGAAGGGGAGCGGUAGUGACGAUGACUAUGACACUGCAGGCCUGGUGUCAGAUGAUGACAUGGCUGCCCCUGGGAAACCUCUUACACCCAUGGAAAAGCACUUAUUCUGGGAUGAGGAAACAAAAAGUCGGUUUACAGAGUAUUCUAUGACUUCCUCAGUCAUGAGGAGAAAUGAACAACUGACCCUACAUGAUGAGAGGUUUGAGAAGUUUUAUGAACAAUAUGAUGAUGUUGAGAUUGGAGCUCUGGAUAAUGCUGAAUUGGAAGGUUCCGUUCAAGUAGAUAGCAAUCGCUUACAGGAGGUUUUGAAUGACUACUAUAAAGAGAAGGCAGAGAACUGUGUAAAAUUGAAUACUCUUGAACCCUUUGAGGAUCAAGACCUACCAGUGAAUGAGCUUGAUGAGUCUGAGGAGGAAGAGAUUAUUACUGUAGUCCUUGAAGAAGCCAAAGAGAAGUGGGAUUGUGAAUCCAUUUGCAGUACAUACUCAAAUUUAUAUAACCAUCCACAGCUUAUCAAAUAUCAACCAAAGCCCAAACAAAUCCACCUAUCUUCUAAAACAGGAAUACCUCUCAACGUCUUACCUAAGAAAGGGCUUACAGCAAAGCAAGUGGAACGAAUGCAGAUGAUUAAUGGCAGCGAUCUGCCCAAGGUAUCAACCCAACCACGUUCUAAAAAUGAAAGCAAAGAAGACAAAAGAGCAAGAAAGCAAGCUAUAAAAGAGGAGCGCAAGGAACGAAGAGUAGAGAAGAAAGCUAACAAAUUAGCAUUCAAGCUGGAGAAAAGAAGGCAGGAAAAGGAGCUGCUGAACUUGAAGAAGAAUGUUGAGGGUCUAAAGCUAUAGACAGCUGAAUGUUGAGGAUAAAGCACGUUCCCCGUUAUGGGCUCCUUGUUAUGUUCAGUUUAUCCAGGAUGUUAAGAGAGACAAGGCUGCUUGCCAUUUUUACUGGCAGAUGUUGAAGAGAAAAAUACAAUAUUUGUAUUGUUUUCCUACCAGCAAGUUUCCCCUGUCAACUGUCUUGUAAAUAUUGUAUUGUUUUAAACUUAAUAUUAUAAGCUUAGAUUUGCUCUAAAAUAAAUGACUUCAUGAAUGUGAAAUGUUUGGAUAAAUUAAAGGAAAAUAUCUUCAUAACUUGAA